CCUUUCUCGAGGCUGUGGCCUCCGCGAGGGCCGAGCGGGCUGCACUGCCGGCCGUGCGACUGCCCCAGACACGGCCCCCGCUUCUAGCCCGCCUAAGCCUACCUGUCGGGGGUUGCUGACUCGUCUCCUCCCCGAGUUUCCCGCGGGAACUAACUCUUGAAGAGGACCAACCGCAGCCCAGAGCUUCGCAGGCCCUGCCAACCACAGGCGAGGUUGAGAGCCGGGCGGGCCGCGCUGAGAGAGCGUCCCGUCUGUCCUGGAAAGCCUGGGCGGGUGAAUUGGGACCCCGAGGGAAGCAGAGGAGCUCGGCGGGGUGCGGAAGUGCCCAGGCCCCUCCCCGCUGGGGUUGAGAGCUUGGGCGUGCCAGCUUCACCCUUCCCAAGUCCGCUUCAGGUGUCUGGGCCCAGCCUCAGCCACCAUGUCCCGCCAGACCACCUCUGUGGGCUCCAGCUGCCUGGACCUGUGGAGGGAAAAGAAUGACCGGCUCGUUCGACAGGCCAAGGUGGCUCAGAACUCCGAUCUGACUCUAAGGCGACGGCAGUUGGCUCAGGAUGCACUGGAAGGUCUCAGAGGGCUACUCCAUAGUCUGCAAGGGCUCCCUGCCGCAGUUCCUGUUCUCCCCUUGGAGCUGACUGUCAUCUGCAACUUCAUUAUCCUGAGGGCAAGCUUGGCCCAGGGUUUCACAGAGGAUCAGGCCCAGGAUAUCCAGCGGGGCCUAGAGAGAGUGCUGGAGACACAGGAGCAGCAGGGGCCCAGGUUGGAACAGGGGCUCAGGGAGCUGUGGGACUCUGCCCUUCGUGCUUCCUGCCUUCUGCCAGAGCUGCUGUCUGCCCUGCACCGCCUGGCUGGCCUGCAGGCUGCCCUCUGGUUGAGCGCUGACCGUCUUGGGGACUUGGCCUUGUUGCUAGAGACCCUGAAUGACAGCCAGAGUGGAGCCUCUGAGGAUCUGCUGUUACUUCUGAAAACUUGGAGUCCCCCAUCUGAGGAAUUAGAUGCUCCGUUGACCCUGCAGGAUGCCCAGGGAUUGAAGGAUGUCCUCCUGACAGCGUUUGCCUACCGCCGAGGUCUCCAGGAGCUGAUCACAGGGAACCCAGAAAAGGCACUAAGCAGCCUUCAUGAAGUGGCCUCAGGCCCGUGUCCACGGCCUGUGUUGGUCCAGGUGUACACAGCACUGGGGUCCUGUCACCGUAAGAUGGGAAAUCCACAGAGAGCACUGUUGUACUUGGUUGCAGCCCUGAAAGAGGGAUCAGCCUGGGGUCCUCCACUUCUGGAGGCCUCUAAACUCUAUCAGCAACUGGGGGACACAACAGCAGAGCUGGAAAGUCUGGAGCUGCUAGUUGAGGCCUUAAAUGUCCCUUACAGUUCCAAAUCCCCACAGUUUCUCAUUGAGGUAGAAUUACUACUGCCACCACCUGACCUAGCCUCACCCCUUCAUUGUGGCACUCAGAGCCAGGCCAAGCACAUACUAGCAAGCAGGUGCCUGCAGACGGGGAGGGCAGAAGACGCUGCAGAGCAUUACUUGGACCUGCUGGCCCUGUUGCUGGAUAGCUCGGAGCCAAGGUUCUCCCCACCCCCCUCCCCUCCAGGGCCCUGUAUGCCUGAGGUGUUUUUGGAAGCAGCGGUAGCACUGAUCCAGGCAGGCAGAGCCCAGGAUGCCUUGACUCUAUGUGAGGAGUUGCUCAGCCGCACAUCAUCUCUGCUACCCAAGAUGUCCCGGCUGUGGGAAGAUGCCAGAAAAGGAACCAAGGAACUGCCAUACUGCCCACUCUGGGUCUCUGCCACCCACCUGCUUCAGGGCCAGGCCUGGGUACAACUGGGUGCCCAAAAAGUGGCAAUUAGUGAAUUUAGCAGGUGUCUCGAGCUGCUCUUCCGGGCCACACCUGAGGAAAAAGAAAAAGGGGCAGCUUCCAACUGUGAGCAGGGAUGUAAGUCAGAUGUGGCACUGCAGCAGCUUCGGGCAGCCGCCCUAAUUAGUCGUGGACUGGAAUGGGUAGCCAGCGGCCAGGAUACCAAAGCCUUACAGGACUUCCUCCUCGGUGUGCAGAUGUGCCCAGGUAAUGGAGACACUUACUUUCACCUGCUUCAGACUCUGAAGAGGCUAGAUCGGAGGGAUGAGGCCACUGCACUCUGGUGGAGGCUGGAGGCCCAAACUAAGGGGCCACAGGAAGAUGCUACGUGGUCUCUCCCCCUGUACCUAGAAAGCUAUUUGAGCUGGAUCCGCCCCUCUGAUCGUGAUGCCUUCCUUGAAGAGUUUCGGACAUCUCUGCCAAAGUCUUGUGACCUGUAGCUGCCACGUUUCCAAGAGCUUGAGCUGGGGCCCCAUUGGGCUGUCUCUCUGUGGGGAGGGCUUUCUGCUUCACCAUCAUUAGGAAUGUGACCGUUCCUAUAUAAUUUCUGGACUGGUGAGGUUGGUGGUAGGCCUGUGAAAUUUGCCCUAGUUACUACCAUUCUGGUUUUGGAGGAAACAAUCUCUGCCACCACCAAGUCAUUGGCUUCGCUUGAGGCACCUUUUUUCCUGUUUCCCCUUUUCUUUUGUUGAGUAAAAUUUCAUAUUUA